AUGAACAGGACUGCGCCAGAAUCUGUCCAGACGGGUGCCACAGAUGCCAGCACGUAUUGGAACUCGACAGCUGCGCCUGUAGGCGACAGCUUCGGAUCAUCCAACUUCCCCGAGGUGUACAUGGACUGGAACUUCCCUCUGGAUCUUGACUAUAUUGGAUAG